CGGAACCAUUGCGACGCAGCUCGGGUUUCACUCCGACCGCCCUUAAGUGUGACCCCACCUCAUGCCGUCUUCCCUCAGCAAGAUGGCGGCGCUCCGGCUCGAAACUUGCCAUGUCGCCUGUUCGGCCAACAGGACGCCCAACGUCGUGUCUUGGGGCCUCGGGGGGACGAUCGCAUUCGGGACGUGUAACUCCGUAGCCCUGUACGACCCCCAGGAAAGAAGAGUUUUGUCCAUGCUGAAUGGACACACAGGAAGAGUGAACGCAGUCCAAUGGGUCCAUAAGGAAGAUUGCGGUCCCGAGACCCACCUGGUCUCAGGAGGCUCGGACAGCCGUCUGCUGGUCUGGGCCGCUCAGAAUGGCAAGUUUGACCAGUCGGUGGAGUGUAAAGGCCACACGGGCGCCGUGUGCGCCGUGGACGCCAUCUACGCUGGCGCGAAUAUCCUGGCGGCCUCUGCGGCGGGGGACUCCAGCGUCCGGCUGUGGCUCUGCGGUGACGCUGAAGAGGCCGAGUGCCUCCACACGCUAACAUUUGGCGGCGGGUUCAUGAUGGACGUCUCCCUGGCCCUGCUGCCAGGCACCAAAGUUCCCGUUCUGGCCUGCGGGGGCGACGACUCUCGGGUCCACCUGUACGUGCAAUCCCGGGAGAAGAAGCUGCGCAGCGCGACGAUGCUGCAGGGACACGAAGACUGGGUGCGUGGUGUUGCCUGGACGUCCGCAGGUGGCGAGCUGCUGCUGGCCAGCUGCUCGCAGGACGGUCUCAUCCGAGUGUGGCGGCUCGGCGCCAAGCCCGGGAGCGAGCGGGACGACGGCGUCAUCAAAAUGAAAGAGGACGUUUUUCGAGUGGACGAGGAAGAAGAGGACGGAGCGUUCGCCGUGGCCCUGGAAACGGUUUUGACGGGACAUGAGAACUGGGUGUACGGCAUCCACUGGCGGCCACCCUCUUACAAGGGCGGCGAGCGGCAGCAGCGCCUCGGUCUGCUCUCAGCCUCCAUGGACAAAACCAUGAUUCUGUGGACCCCCGACCAGGCCUCUGGAGUCUGGAUGGAGCAGGUUCGUGUCGGGGAGGUGGGCGGCAACACGCUGGGCUUCUUCGGCUGCCAGAUGAGUCCGGACGCUUCCAUGAUCCUGGCUCACGCUUUCCACGGCGCGCUCCACCUGUGGAGCGAGGACGCCGGCUCGGGCGAGUGGCGACCCGCCGCGGUGCUGUCGGGCCACUUCGACGCGGUCCAGGACCUGAGCUGGGACCCCGAGGGCGAGUUCGUGCUCAGCGUGAGCUCGGACCGGACGGCCCGGCUCUUCACGCCGUGGAGGACGACGGCGGCGGGGGCGGGGGCGGAGGCGGAGGCGCGCCCCAGCUGGCACGAGAUCUCGCGGCCGCAGAUCCACGGCUACGACGUGCGGUGUCUGGCCGCGCCGGGCCGCUUCCGGUUCGUGUCGGGCGCCGACGAGAAGGUCCUGCGCGUCUUCCGGGCGCCGCGCAAUUUCGUGGAGAACUUGGCUAACAUCUCGGCGACGUCCAGGGACCGGCUGCUGGCGUCCGGCGACUUCGCCGAGCUACCCGAAGGAGCCAGCGCGCCCGCGUUGGGCUUGUCCAACAAGGCCGUCUUUCGAGCCGAUCGCGCCUCAUCGAGCGAAGACGGAGACGAGAAGUUCAGCGGCGCCUCCGACCAAUAUCGCGAGUCCCACUUCCGCCCCAUCAACUUGACCGAACCUCCACCAGAGGAUCAUCUGCUGCAGAACACCCUCUGGCCCGAAGUCCAAAAACUGUACGGCCACGGAUUCGAGAUGUUCUGCCUGGCGACCGACCGCGGCGGGACGCUGGUGGCGUCGGCGUGCAAGGCGGCCAAGGCGGAGCACGCCUCGGUGCUGCUGUGGAGCGCGUCCACGUGGCGCCGCCUGCAGGCGCUGCCGUGCCACGCGCUGACCGUCACGCAGAUGGCCUUCUCGCCCGACGCCGCCGCGCUCUUGCUCGUCUCCAGAGACCGCACCUGGUCUCUCUGGCGCCGACGACAGGCCGCCCCAGAGCCCGAGUAUGGUUUGUACGCGCGCACCACGAAGGACACGUCUGUGCACAGCCGCAUCAUCUGGUCGUGCGACUGGAGUCCCGACGGCACGUACUUCGCGACGGCCGGUCGCGACAAGAAGGUGAUCGUGUGGGGACCGUGCACACAGGACCGCUGCGAAGACUCCGAGGUGAAGCCGUGCUCCUCCGUCUUGGAUGUGGGCGAUUCCGCUACGGCCGUGGCGUUCUGCCCUCGACUCAAUUCGGACGAAAGUUACCUGCUGGCCGUGGGACUCGAGUGCGGUCGGAUGAUUUUGUUCGGGUGGAGGCCCGGUGGAGAUCCCGCCGGGGGGCAAGACUGGAUCAGAUACGGAGGAACAGACCGAUCGCAAAGUCACACCCGGGCCGUCAAGAGGCUGCGCUGGCGGCCACGCGCGGGUCGGGCCGGCGCCCCGGACGACGGCGCCUGGCUGCAGCUGGCCAGCGCCGGCGCCGACCACGCCGUCAAAAUCUUCGACGUCAACGCAGAGGCUCUUUAGCGCAGAUAACUACGAGAAAUCGUGUUGCUUUUGUAUUUAUGGUGACCAAUAAACAACAUUUUUUUUUUGA